GGGGGCCGCCGGGCAGGAUCAAAGGAGGGGGCGUGGCCCGGCCCUUUGCAACUUUGUCUCCGCGUUCCAUCCGGGGGCGGGGCUUAGCCUGCUCUCUUCCGCCCCCGUUCUGGACCCGGCGCCUUCCGAGCCGCGCGGGCGGGAUGUCGGGUCCGAACGGGGACCCGCAGCUGGAUCUGGGGAGGGGCGGCGAGGAGGAGGAGGAGGAGGAGGAGGAGGAAGGCGGCUUCGGAGAGGCAGAAUAUGCUGCCAUCAACCUCAUGCUGGACCAGAUCAACUCCUGCCUGGACCACCUGGAGGAGAAAAAUGACCACCUGAACACGCAGCUGAAGGAGCUGCUGGAAUCGAACCGCCAGACCCGGCUGGAGUUCCAGCAGCAGCUCGGCCAGGAUGGGGACCCGCAGAAGGCCGAGCCGGGCUCCUAAGGGUCCCCCUGCGGUGGACGGGAGCACAGAGCCCUCCUGCAUCCCUUGCCCCCGGUGCCAGCUUCAGAAUUUUGGUGAGGCUCGUUCCAGACUUCUGGAUUAUGAGGCUGUAAAGAAUCUUCGCUGUUUCUGGGAAAUUCUCUGGCAAGGCUAUAUCCGCCCCCCACCUGCCUUCGUCUUACUAAAAGCAAACUGGACUUUCAAAGGCUGUAAUGCCUGCUGAGGAGCUUCACGCAUCAUGCGGCUGACGUCUUCGCAGGUCCUCUUAAAUCUGGCUUAAAAAAAAAAUUAGUCUCAUAAUUGAAUGCAGAGGUCCACGUACUGUACGGUCUUGUGGGUGUCCCUAUCCAAGUUUUAAUAAAUGGGUGCGAUUGUGAGAAUAGUCA